CUUCUGUGUUUCUCUUCCACUUAAACAUUGUUUUCUGGUGUCGAAAUGAACUAUUGCGAGACUCAUUGCCAGAGGGAGUCUCAGGGCGGACGCUCAGCAGCCAUGUCGACCCUCCUGCGCUGCUUCUCCAGCUCCUCUGUGAUUUUGUUCCAGCGAGGUGCCCGUCACAAAAUACCUGGACGGAGAAAUUUCCGGACUUUCCCAGUGUUAUGGGACCAAAAGGCCUCUAGAGGUGUGCUCUACAAGGACCUGGUGGUCGGCGUUCCUAAGGAGACUGUACAGAAUGAGCGUCGCGUGGCGCUGUCUCCAGCCGGUGCGCAGGCCCUGGUCAAACAGGGUUUCCAGGUACAGGUUGAGAGUGGGGCUGGUGAAGAGUCCAAGUUCUCUGAUCAGCAGUACAUCGAUGCUGGAGCCACCAUCACUGAUGUCAAGGGGGCACUUGGAUCUGACUUGGUCCUCAAGGUUCGAGCCCCCAGUCUGACUGAAGCAGACCUUCUGAAGCCAAAGUCCACCUUGGUGAGCUUCAUCUACCCAGCUCAGAACCCAGAGCUGAUGAAGAAGCUGUCAGAGAGGCAGAGUACAGUGCUCGCCAUGGACCAGGUGCCCCGAGUCACCAUCGCACAGGGAUAUGAUGCACUUAGCUCCAUGGCUAACAUCGCUGGGUACAAGGCAGUGGUUCUGGCUGCUAACCACUUUGGCAGGUUUUUUACUGGUCAGAUCACAGCUGCAGGAAAAGUACCUCCUGCUAAGGUCCUGGUAAUUGGAGGUGGAGUAGCUGGUUUGGCAGCAGCUGGAGCAGCCAAGUCAAUGGGGGCCAUAGUUAGAGGAUUUGACACCAGACCUGCAGCCCUGGAGCAGUUCAAGUCAUUUGGAGCAGAGCCUUUAGAAGUGGAUAUAAAAGAGUCUGGAGAAGGUAUUGGAGGCUAUGCCAAAGAGAUGUCAAAGGAGUUCAUUGAGGCUGAGAUGGCUCUUUUUGCUAAGCAGUGCAAAGAGGUCGACAUUCUCAUCAGCACCGCCUUGAUUCCAGGGAAGCGGGCUCCAAUUUUGAUCAAGAAGGAGUUUGUGGAGUCGAUGAAGGACGGUUCUGUGGUGGUGGAUCUGGCUGCAGAAGCAGGAGGGAACAUUGAGACCACCAAGCCUGGAGAGCUGCACAUCUACAAGGGAGUAACACACGUCGGCUACACAGACCUGCCCAGCCGCAUGGCGACCCAGGCCAGCACUCUGUACUCAAACAACAUCCUGAAGCUGCUGAAAGCCAUCAGCCCAGAUAAGGAGUACUUCCACUAUGAGCCCACAGAAGAAUUCGACUAUGGAACUCUUGACCACGUCAUCCGAGGGACUCUGGUCAUGAAGGAAGGCAACAACAUGUUCCCCUCCCCGCUUCCCAAAACAGCCCCCCCGGCCCCAGUGAAACAGAAAACAGUGGCAGAGUUGGAGGCAGAGAAAGCAGCUGAGGUCUCUCCCUUCAGACGCACCAUGACCUCUGCGGGUGUCUACACUGCAGGUGUGUCAACCUGUCUAGCUCUGGGCAUCAUAUCACCAAACGCAGCCUUUACUCAGAUGGUCACCACCUUUGGUUUGGCAGGGAUUGUGGGAUAUCACACUGUGUGGGGCGUGACACCCGCUCUGCACUCACCCCUCAUGUCUGUUACCAACGCCAUCUCAGGUCUGACAGCGGUCGGAGGUCUGGUGCUGAUGGGGGGAGGUCUUACACCCUCCACCCUGCCUGAGACUCUCGCUCUAACUGCUGCGUUUGUUUCCUCCAUCAACAUUGCCGGUGGGUUCUUGAUUACUCAGAGGAUGUUGGACAUGUUCAAGCGGCCAACUGACCCUCCUGAGUACAACUACCUGUAUGCUCUGCCUGGGGCUGCGUUUGUGGGGGGAUACGGAGCCUCAUUGGCCGCUGGUUACAGCAUUGAGCAGAUGAUGUACCUGGGCUCUGGUCUGUGCUGUGUCGGAGCACUGGCAGGCCUCUCUGCACAGGGAACCAGUCGUUUGGGAAACGCCCUGGGCAUGAUGGGAGUUGCUGGGGGCCUCGCUGCAACCCUCGGGGCCCUAAAACCCUCUCCAGAGCUGCUGUCUCAGAUGUCUCUGGCCAUGGCCACAGGAGGAACCCUGGGUCUGACCAUUGCCAAACGUAUUGAAAUCACAGACCUGCCUCAGCUCGUGGCAGCCUUCCAUAGCCUUGUAGGUCUGGCAGCUGUUCUCACCUGCGUAGCUGAGUAUAUGAUUGAAUACCCCCACCUGGAAACCCAUCCGGCUGCUGGUGUCCUGAAGACUGUGGCUUACCUGGGUACCUACAUUGGGGGUGUCACAUUCAGUGGCUCCCUUGUGGCCUACGGCAAGCUUCAGGGCCUCCUGGACUCUGCCCCUCUUCUGUUGCCAGGACGACACAUGUUGAAUGCUGGCCUAAUGGCAGCAUCAGUGGGAGGCAUGGUGCCGUUUAUGCUAACUUCAAGCUACGGCACUGGUAUGGGGUGUCUGCUGGGAGUGUCUGGUCUUUCCACCAUUAUGGGUGUAACUCUGACUGCAGCCAUCGGAGGCGCUGACAUGCCCGUGGUCAUCACCGUGUUGAACAGCUACUCCGGAUGGGCGCUCUGUGCUGAAGGCUUCUUAUUAGACAACAACCUCAUGACGAUUGUGGGAGCUCUGAUCGGCUCCUCCGGUGCCAUCCUCUCCUACAUCAUGUGUGUGGCUAUGAACCGCUCCCUACCAAAUGUGAUCCUUGGUGGGUACGGCACCACCUCCACAUUAGGCGGUAAACCAAUGGAGAUUGUUGGUACUCACACUGAGGUCAAUGUGGACCAGACCAUUGACAUUAUCAAAGAGGCCAACAGCAUUAUCAUCACCCCAGGUUGGGGUCUCUGUGCAGCAAAGGCCCAGUACCCAAUCGCAGACAUGGUGAAGAUGCUGAGGGAACAGGGCAAGCUGGUCAGGUUUGGUAUCCACCCAGUGGCCGGUCGUAUGCCUGGCCAGCUGAAUGUCCUCCUGGCUGAGGCUGGAGUUCCCUAUGAUGUGGUCCUGGAGAUGGAUGAGAUCAAUGACGACUUCCCUGAGACUGAUUUGACGCUGGUAAUCGGUGCCAACGACACGGUGAACUCUGCAGCACAGGAAGAUCCUAACUCCAUCAUUGCAGGAAUGCCUGUCCUGGAAGUGUGGAAGUCCAAACAGGUGAUCGUUAUGAAGCGUACCUUGGGUGUGGGCUACGCUGCAGUAGAUAACCCUAUUUUCUACAAGCCCAACACAUCAAUGCUGCUGGGAGAUGCCAAGAAAACAUGUGAUAACCUUCAAGCAAAGAUCAGAGAGGCCUUUUAUUAGUGACCCCUCAUUAACCCUCCUUCACAGACGGAAGAAGUCAGGCCCAGAGGCAGGUGCACGGAUUCUAGAGUUCCAGUCUUGGCUUUAAGUUUAUAUAUUUUUGGAAAAUGGCUUUAAGUGUCAGCAGCAAAUUAUCUGAUUACAGAAAGUUUCCAAGAUUCAAUAUUAAUUUAAUCAUAUGGUUUGAAUAACUGAAGCACAUUUGUGUAUGAAUUUGUAAAUAAAAAUAUUUAAACCUG